GGGCGGACCUCCCGUCCAUUCCCCGAGCGCUUCUGUUGCAGGAGGCGGCGGCGGCGGCGGAGGCACCAUGGCCGGCUUGGAGCUGCUCUACAACUCGGUGGCGCCCGAGCUGGGCUGCGGGCAGGACGCGCUGCUUUGCUUCGUGCAUUGGAAGCUGAUCACCCGCGACUACCGCUGCCUCGGCACCGGGGACCAGGCGGCCCCCAAUGAGAGGAAGUCGGAAAUGCUUCCUGCAGGCUGGAACGCAGACAAGGAACUCUACACUCUGCGCUACCGACUGAAGGACGAUUCCCACGACCUGCUGGUGAAGGCCAUUUUGAUGGACAACAGCAUCAUUCUCAACGUCAUGGAUCCCAAAACACAGAAAGUGGCGGAUCUGACCUUGAAAGUGACCGACUUCGUUGACCCAGAACAUCUGGCAGAUUUUGACAAAGUAUAUCGGAACGUGGAGGAGUUGCAGACCCAGAUUGUGCACCACAUACUCUCCCCGUUCGAAACCUCAAAGCGGCCAACCAGCACCAAGGAAGACGAGCCCAAACGGGAAAGGAACCCCUCCCCCCCCAACCCCCCUGACCACGACCCUCUCUGGAUCCCACCUCGGCAUCCUCAAGGCAGCCGGCAACCCAACUGGCCAGAUCCACUCGAUCCGUUCAAUAUCGGCAGACAAGAUCUGGAUCCUUUGGGAGGCCGAGGUGGAGGAAUGAUCUUUGAUCCGCUUCGAUCAGGAUUUCGGAAUCCUGUCCUGGACCCCUCUUCCGGGCUCCCCAGCAGUCUCCCCCCUGGUUCCGUUCCUCCAGGGGCCAGGUUUGACCCGUUCGGACCUCCGGGGGCCAGCCGACCCAGGCCUAAUCCCGAUCACCUUCGCCCUCCGGACUACGACGAUAUGUUCAUGUGACGAGGGCCAGGAUUCAGCAUCUCUUUCGCGGCAGACCGACGUCUUGACACUUAUCCAGACGUGGGGCAGAGUUGGCCUUUCCUGCAGCGAUUUUCGGUCCCGGCCCGUCUGUUUUGGUCCCACUCCUAUAAAAGCCAAAGAGAAAAGGGCACACAAGUUUUUCUUUCAGCCUCUGGCCUUUUUCUCUUUUUCACACCCAACAUUUUACAUUACGUCCCAUCCGGGACGCAAAUUUGACGUUGUGUGCUCCAAGAUCAGCGGUGUUUAAAAGUCUAGAAACUCUUUUCAAAAGCGAUGAGCAAUGCCAAAACCCUCCGGGGAAGGUUCUGGCUAUAUCAGGACUGUUAACCUGGUUUAAUCUCAAUUUGUAAUGAAAUGUGGUAGAGCUACAGAAGGGUCUCGUCUCCCGGAAAUGAAUGGUAUGCCCGUACGGGGAGUUUCAUUACAUGCCGCCCCAAACUUUGGUGGUGGUGUGAUCCAGCAAACGGGGGCCCCUUUUCCUCACUUCCAGCCCCCUUAAUUUUCCUCCCCCCCCCCCUUGCCACAACUUUAUGAAAUGUAGAGAAACUGAAACAAGAACUUGGAGGUGCCCAAAUAACUUUGGAAAGACCAAGGAGAUUUAACAAUUAACGGGUGGUAUUUGGGCCAAGGCUGCCAGCUGCCGACUGUUGCUUUGGGGAGUUGAGGCUUGUUCAAAGACCUGCUUUAAUGAGGAUAAAUCUCUGAGCCUAAAACACCACCACCCCCCAAUCUUCAAACACAACACAACCACACAUGUCUACAUCCCCAAAGCUGGCUCAAAUGAACCGGUUUUGCCGGUAGGAGACGCUGCCACCUAUGUGCCCAAUUCCACCUGUGUCACCUCACCGGUGUCUCCAUUACAGGUUGCAAUUAGUCGUUGCCUUAACAAAACAAAAAAAAACACAAUAAAAUGAACAACGAACCUCGA